AUGUCACUUUCACAAGAUUUUUUUCAAUUACCAAACGGUUCUAAAAUCCCUGCUAUUGCUUAUGGUAUGGGUACAAAAUGGGAAAAGAGAGGAGAACCAGGUUUAAACGAUAACCUUAUCAAGAAUUUACAAUUCGCUAUUGAUGUCGGUUUCCGCCAUUUUGAUGGUGCAGAAGUGUAUAAUACAAACAAAGAAAUUGGGCUUCUUUUAAACAAGUCAUCACUCUCCAGAGAUCAAUUGUUUAUCACUGAUAAAUUCUUUUCAGGUGGUCCAGAUUUAGGUGAGAGAUCUGAUUACAAGGAUCCUUAUUCUGCUUUGAAAGGAGAUCUUCGUGAUUUGCAAUUAGAUUAUGUUGAUUUGUACUUGCUUCAUUCUCCACAUAUCAAGAAAGAAACUCAUGGAUAUUCUUUAAUUGAAGCAUGGCAAUGUCUCGAAAGAUUGAAGGAUGAAGGGUUGGCUAAGAAUAUUGGUGUCUCGAACUUCUCAGUUGAUGAUUUGAGGCAAAUUUCAGAAAACAAUCCAACUCAUAGACCUGCUGUUAAUCAAAUUGAAUAUAGUGCUUCUGUUCAAGAUCAACCUCCAGGAAUUUUUGAAUACUGUAAACAACAAGGUAUCUUGAUUGAAGGAUAUGGGGUUUUGUCUCCAUUACUGGAAACCACCACUAAACACAACUUGAAUUCCCUUUUAACAAAAUUAUCUAAGAAGUAUGGUAAGACUGAAGCCCAAAUUUUAUUGAGAUGGACUAUCCAACAGGGUGUCUUACCAGUUGUUACCUCCAAUGAUGCAGCAGAUAUCAAAUCCUUCCUUGAAAUUUUUGAUUUCCAAUUGACAAUGGAAGAUUUGGAUGCAAUCUCUGGUAAAGGAAGUGACAGAGGUCUUAAGGGAAUGUUACAUAAUGUUGUUAGUAAGGUUAAGAGUUAG